AUGGCAAGCAAUCGCGAACUUAUUGAAAUGGAAGGGGUUGUAGUAGAAUCACUUCCAAAUGCUAUGUUUCAAGUUGAACUAGAGAAUGGUUUUCAAGUUCUUGCACACAUUUCUGGUAAAAUUCGACGUAAUUCUAUUAAAAUUCUCCUUGGAGAUCGAGUAACCGUUGAAUUAACACCGUAUGAUCUUACGAAAGGUCGCAUUAUUUAUCGUUUACGAAAAGAUCGAACGCAAUAA